CACAGUUCAAGAAGGAUACUGACAAGCUGGAACGUGUCCAGAAGAGGGCAACCAAAAUGGUCAAAGGCCUGGAAACGAUGCCUUAUGAGGAACGGCUUAGGGAGCUGGGUAUGUUUAGCCUGGAGAAAAGAAGGUUAAGGGGUGAUAUUAUAGCCAUGUUCAAAUAUAUGAAAGGAUGUCAUAUGGAGGGGGGGGGAGAAAGAUUGUUUUCUGCUGCUCCAGAGAAGCGGACACGGAGCAAUGGAUUCAAACUUCAAGAAAGAAGAUUCCACCUAAACAUUAGGAAGAUCUUCCUGACAGUAAGAGCUGUUCGGCAGUGGAAUUUGCUACCAAGGAGUGUGGUGGAGUCUCCUUCCUUGGAGGUCUUUAAGCAAAGGCUUGACAGCCAUAUGUCAAGAAUGCUUUGAUGGUGUUUCCUGCUUGGCAGGGGGUUGGACUGGAUGGCCCUUGUGGUCUCUUCCAACUCUACGAUUCUAUGAUUAAAACUAUGGGAUUCCACAAAAUGAGGUGGCUGCCAAGUUGGAUGGAUUUAGAAAGUGAUUAUACAAAAACAUGGAGGACAAGGCAAUGAGUGAAGGCUAGUCCUGGCUAUAUGCUUUCAGAAUCAGUGAGAGCGUGCCUCUCUGAAUGCCAUUUGCUGGGGAACAAUAACAGGAGAGGGCUACUGUGCUCAUGCUUUGCUUGUGCAUUUCCCCCAAGCAUCUGAUUGGCCACUGUGGGAUACAGAAUGUUGGACUGCGUGGGCCAUUGGUCUGAUCCGUCAGGGUUCUUCUGAUGUUAUCAAGGCGUUUUACAGCCUCAGUGCCAUGACAGAAAAAGUCAUGCUAGCAGAGAGGUAAUGGGGGUUGUGGUCCAAAACAUCUGGAGGGCACUAGGUUGGUGACAGCUGCUCUACAGACCCCCCACAAAGUCCAUAUGUGUCACCCAGAAUUGACCUAGAAUGAAAGACGAGUUGGGAUGCUGCUUUGCAGGUGGUAUUUCAGGGAAGCCCAAACCGCACAGACAAUUUUUCAGGUGGGUUUUGCACAAAGGUAAGCCUUUUAGUCAAGUCACAGCUGUCCGAGUGAAGCAAGACGAGAGCACGCCAAGGAGUUUUUCUGUCUCCUGACGCAUGGCCUCGUGCUCUCCCUGAAAAGAACAGCGGGUUCCCACCCAGGAAUUUAUUUCUUAUUUCCUUCUUUGUUGAGAUGGAAGAGGGUGUCCCAUCUGGGUGAUGGAUAGCUGGGAGGAGAAACUGAGGAGGAAAAAAAUGACAUUGCAGUUCUACUAUAAAUAGCCCAAGGAAUGGUGCACAUUCACUCAGCCUACGCAGUUGACCUUUGGCAACGAUCGCCUCUGCUGCAGCUGCCUGGAGCCCCAGGCAACUCUGUUGAACCGAGUGUUUUGCACCUCUUUGUAACAGAAAAAUCACCAUGUGGUCUCUUCUUGGCUGCUUCCUCCUCACUGCUUUCCUAGCUACAGGUACUUGUCUUCAGUGUGAGGUGUGCUAUGGUACAGGCAGCAACUGUACUGGCGAAAUGAAGACUUGUGGUGCUGGUCAAGAUACCUGCAUUAUCAGUCUGAUGGAGUAUUUACAAACUCCCGUGACAAUCACAUAUGUCGCUAAGGACUGUGGCUCAUCCAGCUUCUGCAAAAUUGGUGCUGAAGAGAUAAAUCUUGGGAGUGGAGUGCGGGUGAGAUCAAAUAGGGUCUGCUACAAGGAGGAUCAAUGUGGAACAGUCUCACUUCCUGUGCUGCCACCACCAGACACCAAACCCAAUGGUCUCCAGUGUUCUGGCUGUGUUGGGCUGUUUUCCACCAAGUGCAAUGAAAAGCCUGUUGCCUGCAGCGGAGAAGAGACCAAGUGUGUCAACAUUACUGGGAAUAUCACAGCGGUUCAGACCAUCGAUAUUUCCUUCAAGGGAUGCGCUAAUGAGGCUUUCUGUACCAUUCUCAAUUCGAGUUCAAGAAUGUUUGCAGGAAUCAGUGUGGAUCUGACUAAGACUGAGUGCAAUGCAGCUGUUUCCAUCAAAGCUCUGUAACCAGCUGACUCUUACCGUAUAUCGCAGAAUGUCAUUGCUGCACCACAUCUUUCUUGUCUCAAUGGCUUGCCCUUCUUCACAUGCUGACUUUCUUAUUGAUUAGUUGAUUAGCUUCUCACAAAAUCAAAUCAAAUCAAAAAAUAAAUCACUGGAGAACUUGAUUAUAAAUCCUUGCAGUGCAAUACCUGAGUCCACCACUUGAGGCAGCAUAUGCUCCUUUAGAAGGAAUUCAACAAUAUAAUAGAGGGAGGUUGUUUUUU